AUAUAUAUAUAUAUAUAUAUAUAUAUAUAUAUUUCUCUUAAGUGUAACUGCUCUCCCUGUGCCAGAAAGUUAGUGGUGGGGAGGGCUGAUCUUUUGUCCCUCAUUCCACUGCCUUGUAUGAAGGAGGUAUUAGUGCUCGGGGGGGGGAAAUCAGCCCCUCCCCAAUCUGUGCCAAGUUCACUUGGAGAAAUGGCAGUAGGAGCCAGGGCUGGCCAUGGGUUCCCCUGGGGUAUGCCCUGGAAAAUCAAAAGAAAAUGAUUUAAAGAGAAAAAAUAUAUUUUAAAUUUGAUGCUGUUUUUGUGUGUGUGUGUAUUGAGUGCAUGGGUUCAACCUGUCUGUCUCCUUUCCUCCCAUCAAUCUAAGACACAUCCUCUAGCUGCCACUCUAAGGAGGGUGGCUUCUUCCCUCCUGCCUAAAACUAUCACAGAUAUUUCCCAGCUCUAGUGUGACACUGGCCCCAUUGCUGAUAGGUCUCUGCACAUUUUAGUUCUGGCUAUAAACGUAUUUUUAACCAGGGGUGAUAGGAUUUGGGGAUAAAAGUGAGGUUUGGCUGCAUCACUUGCAUCUCUAGUCAUGAACAGCAAGGCAGAGGCGAGGCUUGUGUAAUGCAGCAUCAGGGGGAGGAAUUGCUUAUAUAACUAGGACAGCAGAUUUAGCGGGAGAAGAGGCAGAGGCUGGAGAUGGGAACAGUAAGCUGUAGGCAGGGGCAACACGCCCAGGUGGCUGUUCCUCAUAAGCAGGGUGGCAACAUCCAGGGCCCCUGGGUCCGAGGCUGGAAGAGCCUCUGGUCAGGUGUGGGGACCACCAGGUCAGGUCUGGAAGAACUGUGGAGACUACGGGAGCCUCCGUGCCUGCAUCAGGAGCUCCGGGAGCCAGCCGCACUGCUAGUAGAGAAGCCUCUGUCUGAGUGGCCAGUGCCUCAGUUCAUCACCCUCUUUCUGCCUGAGUUUCCCAUUAGACCCCUUAGGGAGCAUCAGCAGCUGAAGAUUUUAGGCCUUGUGGCUAAAGGCUCCUUUGGAACUGUCUUCAAGGUGCUAGAUUGUGGACGGAAAGCAGUCUUUGCAGUGAAGGUGGUGCCCAAGGUCAAGGUCCUCCAGAGGGACAUCCUGAGACAGUGCAAAGAGGAAGUUAGCAUCCAGCGACAGAUCAACCAUCCUUUUGUACACAGUUUGGGGGACAGCUGGCAGGGAAAACGGCACCUCUUCAUUAUGUGCAGCUACUGCAGCACAGAUCUGUACUCCAUAUGGUCCGCUGUUGGCUGCUUUGCUGAGGCUUCCGUCCGUCUCUUUGCUGCUGAGCUGGUCAUGGUGCUGUGCUAUCUCCAUGACUUGGGCAUCAUCCAUCGAGAUGUGAAGAUGGAGAAUAUCCUUCUGGAUGAAAGAGGACAUCUGAAACUGACAGACUUUGGUCUGUCCCGCCACUUGUCCCAGGGAGCUCGAGCCUAUACUAUCUGCGGCACUCUUCAAUACAUGGCCCCAGAGGUCCUGAGUGGAGGACCUUACAACCAUGCUGCUGAUUGGUGGUCCCUGGGUAUCUUGCUUUUCUCUCUGGCAACUGGAAAGUUCCCAGUGGCUGCAGAGAGAGAUCACGUGGCCAUGUUGGCAAGUGUGACCCACUGUGACUCUGAGAUCCCAGCCUCUCUUAACCAGGGACUCUCUCUUCUGCUCCAUGAGCCUGUCUCCCUCUUUUACAAAUCCUUUCUUCUUCCUGCCCUCCACAGCUCCAUGAACUUUUUUUUUCCUUUUCCACCUUCUCUCUUCAGCCCCUUCCCUAUCCCAUUCCCUCAGCCUUCAUGCUCUAUUUCCCUUCAGCUCUUAUGCCAGAAUCCCCUCCAGCGUCUACAUCAUUUGCAUCACUUCCAGGUCCACCCUUUCUUUCGGGGUGUGGCCUUUGACCCAGAGCUCCUACAGAAGCAGCCUAUGAACUUUGUCAUGGAGACACAAACUACCCAGCCUAGUCCAUUGGAGUCCAUGCUCUUCAAGGACUUUGACUGUAACCUGGAGUCCUACCUGGUCUACCCGCCCAGCCUUGCUUGAGCCCCUCUACUGUAGAUUCGGGCCCAUCUGGGAACUUGAGGAUCUCCUCCACUGCCAACUCAGUAUGACCACCUAGAUGAUCCAGUUUUUUACUUUAUAGCCUCUUACCAUUCUAUUCUUCUAGGCAUUGUACCAGAGUUCAAAUCUUGAGCAUUCUGCUACUGGCAGCCACAACUGGCCGUAGCCCUUCCCCUAUCAUACAACCCACCUCUCAAUUAAACAUCUCAGAUCAGAGUGUUGAUCUUCAUUUCUCCAGGGCUCAUAUUCUGAAGCUGUUAGCCAGAGGCUUAUUCCACUUUUCCCUCUCCUUGUUUGUCUACCAUGUUUCCUUUCUGGAGCAGUGACACUUCCUGGUUUCCCAAGGUGCUAUUUAUGUGUUUAACAGGCUUGUCAGAAAUAGUAUGAAUAUUUUUCAGAGGUCUCAAAAGCUGGCAUUUCAGUCCCUAAAUAUGCAGCUAAAACAUAUGAUUCUGGGGACUCAAAUAAAUUUAGUCUGUGAUAAAUUGAAUUUUUAAGAAUUUGAAAAGUGAAUCUAAUAGCCUAAUGUGAGGAAGAGAAGAGGAACUGAAACUUGGGUGGGUUAAGUGUCUUCUCUAGGGGUAACUGGAAUAGCUAUCCAAAUAUUUUCCAAAGUCAAACCUCUUUGAAAAACAUAAGGAUUCUUUUUUUUUUUUUUUAGGAUUCUUAAACUGAUCAUUGCCCUAGACAGCCCAGGAUUCAGUUUCUAAUGGGCAAACCAAAGAAUUAAGAGACAUGACAUUAACCUUAAGAUUUAAGAACCUUUUCAUUUAGUAAGGAAAAUCAUCUGGACCUUAAAUUUGUAUACAUUUCUGGGCUUUAUGACUUCAUUUUCUUAAACUACUCAAAAGCUUCAUUUUUGUUAUUCUUGUUAUAUUUUAUCUCUUUCCAGACCAAAGAGAGACUGAAAAGUACUCUGUGUACUUCUAUUAAUUCUGUCCCUGGAUUAAGCCAGAUUUCCCCUGUACACAGCUGGCAUUUUAUUGGCCUCUGUAGAAUUGUUUUUUCUGGAUUGCACUUUUGGCAAUCCAUAUCAAAUCUCUAUGAAACUUAAUUGUUGUGGAUAUUGUAAAGGGUACUAAUGAUUAUAAUUCAUAAUGUUCUAUUUAAAGAUGCAUAGGAGAAUUUUUCUCUCAAUCCAGUUGUGCUUUUCCUGAAUUGCUGUUUGGAUUUUACCUUAAAGACACUAAAUAUUCAACUGUAUUUUUCUCUUCAUAUUGAUGCUAGACUACUACUUAGAGCCAAUUUGUGGCCCACCUCCAGCAAGUGUUUAGAACUUCAUGUUAUGUAUUUUGUAUGAUAGCCACAUUCUUGGUUUCAUCUUCCUUUUCUACCUUUAGUUUCCUAAUUCUCAUUUUCCUGUUUUAAUCUUUAUCUUUCUAUAUUAUCUGCAUCUUUUAAGACUUUCUGGAAUGAGGAUCUAAAUAAAUAAAAGAGUAUAUCCUUAA